AUGAGAUCCCUCGCCGCGCUCCUCUUAACCCCCCUCGCCGCCCUCGCGACCCCUAUCCUACAAACCGACGGCGAAGCCAUCCCGGGCAAAUGGAUCGCCGUCCUGAAGCCGGAUAACACGUCCACCCAGCUCUUCGGCACGGUGACGGGCGCCUUGGGCGGGGUAACUCCCGUGCACAGCUACGCCAUGGGGGGGUUUCAGGGGUAUUCGUUCUCGGCGUCCGACGACGUGAUGAAGUCGGUUGCAGACAUAAACGAGGUCGCGUACGUAACGCCCGACGUAAAAGUCUCCGUCGCGUCCCUAACCACGCAGACCCCGGCGCCGUGGAACCUCGCGAGGAUUUCCCACCGCGCGCCCGGGGCCACCGAGUACACGUACGACGACUCCGCGGGCGAGGGCACGUUCGCGUACAUCCUGGACACGGGGAUCCACGUGGACCACCCGGAGUUUGGCGGGCGCGCCUCGUUCGGCGCCAACUUCGCGAAUGACAGCGCCGCAGACACAGCCACAGCCACCACAAGCACCGCCAGCAACGACGACGACGACGACGACGACGACGACGAGAACGGCCACGGCACCCACGUCGCGGGGAUCGUCGGCUCCGCGACCUACGGCGUCGCCAAGAAGACGAACCUGAUCGCCGUGAAGGUCCUCGGCCCGAACGGUUCCGGCGCCAUCAGCCAGGUGAUCGCGGGACUGCAAUGGGCGCUGGAAGACGCUAGAUCGAAAGGAAGGAUCGGAAAGGCAGUCACCAAUAUCUCGCUAGGCGUGUAUACGACCAAAGCCGACACGCCGCUCAGCGCAGCCGCGGCGUCGGCCGUCACGGCGGGGAUGUUCCUGGCCGUGGCGGCGGGGAACAGCAACGCGAACGCGACGAACUUCUCGCCGGCGAACGCGCCCGGGGCGUGCGCGGUGGGCGCGACGGAUGCGAACGACCGCCGGGCGGCGUUCUCCAACUGGGGGGACUCGAUCGACGUGUUCGCGCCGGGCGUGCGUAUCGUCAGCACGUACAACAACGGCAGCACCGCCGUGCUGUCGGGCACGUCGCAGGCCUCGCCGCACGUCGCGGGGCUGGCCGCCUACCUCCUUGCGCUCGAGGGCCCCCGCGACCCGCUCGCACUGUGCCAGCGCAUCCAGGACCUCGCUACCAAGGGCGUGGUGACGUCCUCCAAGUCCAAAAACAACAACAUCGCAUACAACGGGGUGGAGGAGCGGGGCGCGUAGGGUUCUGGGAUCCGGCAUCGUCAUAUCACGAACACGAAGGUUCUGGCACGUAAUUAAGUUCACGAUAUGCAUUGCUAUAUUUUAUCUUGCAUUAGCGUUUCGGGAAAAAUUGGAAUAUUUAUACUUUUUCUUUUAUGAUUUAGUAAUAGGAACACCAUGUUCUCCCUCGGGCACGACCAAGCCAUGCAUUCCCUUGUACGCUGCAGGCUCAGCAGGUUUCC